UGAAAAGACUGCAGGGAGGGUUUUUACACAGACCUGCAUUCUUCCCUAUCAUUCUUGGGGACAUUCUGCAUAAUCCUUCUUGAGAACAGACGUCUAGCCAGGUGCAGCAUUGCUCUACAUAGAAAAUGGGAGCAAAACCACCAAAUUUUCCCAUCAUUUUCUUAUUCCUUCUUUCUUCACUACUACCUAUGGCAUCGUGCUCAGAUCUUUCUAUAACUAUAUUUGAAGUCACAUCAAGAAGUGUCUAUGUUCAGUGGUCCAAGAUUAAUGGUGCCAUGUCUUACGAAAUCUCAGCAUCUCCAGUCUUACUAACUGGCGAGCCUGCAUUUUCAGUGUAUGAUGCCACCACCAUAAUUGGAAGUGUAAAUACACUUCUCCCUAAUACCAAUUAUCAGGUUACUGUAGAAGCUACGGAUGAAAAUGGCACUGUUCUUGCUCAGGCUCAAACAUUUCAGCUGACAGCUCCAGAGGUUCCCAGCAUUGACCAGGCUUAUUCUAAGCUAAGUGGCAGCAUUACAGUGGAGUGGAUUGAUGUGCCUGGGGCUACAAGCUAUCAAGUAACAGCCCAGGAUGGAGAAUCCUUUUUUCAGACAUUUGUCUCAAGUUCACCAGGAACCGUUUCUGGCUUGCAGGCUGCCACAACCUACACAAUACUUGUACGUUCCAUAAAUUCUGCUGGCAAGAGUCAACCAUCUCUUCCCAUGAUAGCAAAAACAGUACUUGGCUCUGUUUCUGCCACUGUGGACUCUCCAGCUAGUGAUUCGAUUAUUGUGAGCUGGCAGCCAGUUUCUGCUGCUGUAUUAUACUCGGUAUCCCUUAUGAGAUCUGAUGGUUUGGGCAACAGGUGGAAUGAAAACACAACUGGCACAUCUAUUAACUUCACCUCUCUAGAUCCAGGCACAGUCUAUACUAUUAAACUCAAUGCCUGGGAUGACCACGGGAUUCCUGGAGAUGACAUCACAUUUAUCCAUCUUACACGCCCUUCAGCACCUUCUGAUAUGCAGAUCACAUUUAGCAAUGGAGGGUCAGAUGCUUUAUUUUCUGUAAUUGGAGCGGAUGCCUCAACCAACUACACAGUUCAUAUUUUUACUGGAAAUAUCAGCAGGAAUUGCUCAACAGUUUCGGCCUCCUGCACAGUUUACUCAUUGAAGUGUGGAUUAGAAUAUGCAGUGUAUGUAGAAGCAAUAACUGAAGCAGGAUCCACACUAUCUUCUAAAUCCUGGAACCUGAAAUCGGUUCCAUGCGCCCCCAGUGGUAUAACAGUUGUAACGGAGGAGGCUGGGAACUUGUCAGUUUCGUGGAUUAGUGAGAACCUUUCUGAAUAUUAUGUGGUGUUCGUGAAAAGUGAUGAUGGAUUGGAGGUUCACUGUAACACAUCCCAGACUCACUGCUACUUUCCAGCUGACUGUGGCUUCAUCUAUUCCAUGAGUGUUUUUGCAUACAACAAGGCAGGGCAAAGUCCCCCUGGAGAGAUUUUCACCUACACUACAGCUCCAUGUUGCCCAAGCGAUUUCAGUGCUGAAUUUAAAUCCAGUGAUACAUUAGAGAUUGUGUGGUCCCCUGUCCGUGGUGCUGAAGUCUACGAGACAAAAGCAGAAGACGGGAAUAAUGUGAUACUCUGUAAUGACACAGCUACUCUUUGUACACUUUCUGGGCUGCAGUGCAACACAGUGUUUAAUGUCACUGUUUAUUCACUCAGUGAAUACAGGGGCAGCAACACAUCAUGUGCCUCAAAGUAUAUGAAAACAGGUCCAUGUAGCCCAGAAAUUACAAACAUCACCAAGAUCAAUGAAACGGCUUUCACUGUGUACUGGACCGCAAACAAUAAUGAUGCCUUAUACACGGUGACUGCCAAAGGAGAGGCUGGAUUAUGGGACUGCACAAGUGCCAACAACUACUGCUCUCUGGGGGACCUUCCCUGUGGCUCACUCUACAUGGUCAGUGUGGUGGCCGAGUCCAUUGAAGGAACAAGCUUGCCAAGCUACAGCAUGCCUUUGGAAACAGCUCCAUGCUGCCCAGCUAAUCUCAGUGUACUCCAGGUCACACAGUCUGUGACAAACAUCAGCUGGUCUCUUGCAAAAGGAGCACAGACAUAUAAUGCAGUUCUAGUGUCCCCUAAAGGAGAGGCAAAGUGUCACACUCUUCAAAACCACUGUCUGCUUGGAUGUAUCACAUGCGGAACAAGCUACUCUGUGUCAAUAGAGGCUAUCAGUGAAACUGGCCUCACAUCUGUAUGCAACUAUCAUGGCUAUUCAUCAAGCGCAUGUUGCCCAUUUGGUGUUAAAUUAUUAUACAGCUCAUCCAACAAUGGAAUUCGUGUAUCUUGGAGAGCAUCAGCUGGACCAGGCAACUAUAGUGCCAGCUUGCAUGGAUCUAAAGGGAAUUUCACAUGCACUCCUAGCUCCAGUCUUAGUUACUGUGAUAUAACUGAGAUUCCAUGCGGAGAUGUGUACACCGUAGUUGUUUCUCCAAUCACAACAGGAGAACUCCAGACCUUAUUCUGUCCUAAAAAAAUGUAUUCUGUUGCAUGCUCAGGAAGUUCCAUUGGAACAGUAAUCUACCGAGGCAAGAGAAGUGUCAGCUAGGGUUACCUUCAGACAACAGAACUUGUUAUGUGAAAUGAAGAUGGAUCUGAAACAAACAAGCAUUUUAAUCUCUGGAGAAAAAAAAAGUGUGAAAUUUAAAAUUGAUUUUGGUUUAUAGGAAACACCAUUUAAUACAUUCCCAUUAGUCAGUCAUGGUGCAAAGAUCACAUGUUCAAUACUUUAAUUAAAUAAUACAUUUAUGUCUCUCUGGGGCUAGCAGGCUUCUGAUAUGGCAUACUGUAUAUACAAGCCCAUUAGAUAAUAUUAACUGAAAAACGUAGCACUCCUCAAGUUGUUUAAAUAAAGGUAUCUUUGUUUUAUGAGCUCAGUGUUCGGGGCAUAUUUAUCAAGGGUCAAAUUUAGAGUUCAUGGGAGUUUUGUAAAAAAUG